ACUUAAUGUAUCAAAUAAUGAGACUAAGUUUGAUACUUGCAUGUCUUGCCAAUUUGAAUUAAACUUGUCCUGAUGCAGUUUGUUGAGGCUUCAGUUGAUCUUUGCUGAUGUUGUCUUGAUGAGGGAGAACCAGUUGGAUUCAGAGGAUCUUUGGUGAAUGAAAAGUCUAGGCUGGAGCCUGGCACAAGCUUGGGGUUCCUUAUAAGCUUCUAGCUUCUUAGCAUCAUCUUCACAUCGGAGUUUUCUCAGUAAAAAAGCCCUGUGAUCUUGUGAUCAGUGAUUUUAAAGUGUGAAGAUGCCCCACCCUCUUAAGGUGACUGAGCCAAUAAGGAGUUGUUCCCUCAGAGGGAACUUUACGAGUUUUUGUUCUCUAGUAAUUAAUUAGCAUAAGACAUUGGAUUGGAUGUAUGAGAGAAUAACCUUCUAGAUUCUUAUAAUACUAUUGUGUCACUGAGUUAGCAACAUGUAACAUAAAUUACCAAAUAGGAAGGUUGGAGUCCAUCGAUACCAAACAUGCUACCCAUGUGAUUUUAGUUAACCAUAGUAUGCAACUCUGAAACAAUAAUACCAAAAGAGUUCAAAAGAGAGAAUUAAUACAUAGUCCAAACCCUAUAAAAGGAAAAUCAUGAGAUGGGAAAAUUGGGUACAUGUUUAUGCAUUUCUCAAGUGGUUAUACAUAUAGAAUAUAUAAGAUUAAAAGGAUUUAUUUGUCCUUCUCAGAAAGAAUGAAGUCAGAGUCACAAGUCUCUGCACAUUCCUGACGGCAAUAAAACUUAUCAGUGUUCUUGUGUCCUGUAACAGGACACCUGGUUCUGUCCGUGUGUUAGCUUCAUUUGGGAUGCUAGUUGCAGUUUAGGGGGAUGGGUUCACAGAACAUUGAGAGAGAGAGUUUCUGGAUUAUUCAUUAAAUAUAAUGAAUAAUUGUGUGUCUGAUUCAGAAACAGAAAACGACUCGUUUUGGAUUUUGUGACAUUAUUAUAUCAUAGUGCAACAAAAGCAGACGAAAAUCAAUGCCUACUUCUACAUCAUUGCCUCUUUAGCCCCGUUCACCAAUUCGUGCAUGCUUUUUCAUGAUAGAGAUGCCUCAGAGGAUUACAAGACGUUUUGAAGUGCCAAGAUAUGGAACAACAGUGUCUUUGCAUUGCCAUCUUUGUAAUCCUAACAUUAAGAAAGCGUGGAUGAACUUUAUAUUUAACGAAGUUCCAUCAAAUCGUGUCAGUAAGACACUGUUCGUUUGUUUGCUUCAUUUAACUGUGGAUUCAUUUUUAAAUAAGACAAGCUUUUCAGAGAGACUGAAAAUAAAAGAUGAUGCAGUGAAAACUACAUUGGAUCCGACACAAAUGGUGAUGAGCCUGCGGGUGUCAGAGCUGCAGGUUCUUCUGGGCUACGCGGGCAGAAACAAACAUGGACGAAAGCACGAGCUCCUGACUAAAGCCUUACACCUCCUUAAAGCCGGCUGCAGCCCCGCUGUCCAGAUGAAGAUCAAGGAGCUCUACAGACGACGCUUCCCCACCAAGUUGGUGUCCCCGGCAGAUUUGGCCCUGCCCGGAGUCCACCCCGCUGCUGCUUCCUUGCCCCCCGGCCUCACGCAGCUGGGAUUUGAUGGGCACGGAGCACCCCCGUCCCCUCUGCUCCCCAUCUCCCUUCUUGGACCCAAACAUGAGCUGGGCCUGCCCCAUCUUCCCACCAACCUGCACCCCGUACACCCUGAUGUCAAACUGCAACGGCUGCCCUUCUAUGACUUGCUGGAUGAGCUCAUUAAACCUACAAGUCUUGCUUCAGAUAACAGUCAAAGGUUUCAGGAAACAUGUUUUGCAUUUGCAUUGACGCCACAGCAGGUCCAACAAGUCAGCAGCUCAAUGGACAUAUCGGGGACCAAAUGUGACUUUACGGUGCAAGUACAGUUACGGUUUUGUCUAUCAGAGACAAGCUGCCCUCAGGAGGACCACUUUCCCCCUAAUCUUUGCGUUAAAGUCAAUGGAAAACCAUGUAAUCUCCCAGGAUAUCUGCCUCCUACCAAAAAUGGCGUAGAACCAAAGAGGCCCAGCAGACCCAUCAACAUUACCUCACUGGUCAGACUGUCCACAACUGUCCCCAACACCAUCGUAGUGUCCUGGACGUCGGAAAUUGGACGGAGUUAUUCUAUGGCGGUGUACCUGGUCAAGCAGCUGUCAUCCACAAUGCUGUUGCAGAGGCUACGGGCUAAAGGCAUCAGAAACCCAGAUCACUCCAGAGCACUCAUAAAGGAAAAGUUAACGGCAGACCCUGACAGUGAAAUAGCAACCACCAGCCUAAGAGUUUCAUUAUUAUGUCCGCUGGGAAAGAUGCGGCUAAUGAUUCCGUGUCGGGCGUUGACGUGUUCACACCUGCAGUGUUUUGAUGCUACGCUCUACAUCCAGAUGAAUGAAAAGAAGCCCACAUGGGUGUGUCCUGUCUGUGACAAAAAAGCACCCUAUGAACAUCUCAUCAUUGAUGGGUUGUUUAUGGAGAUUCUUAACAGCUGUUUAGAUUGUGAUGAAAUCCAGUUCAAGGAAGAUGGCAGCUGGGCCCCCAUGAGGUCGAAAAAGGAAGUGCAGGAAGUGUCUGCUUCAUACAAUGGCAUUGAUGGUGGAUGUCAUACAGUGUCGGAGCAAAACUCUCAAACAAACGGCAACAGUGGAAGCAACAGCAAAAAAGUGGAGGUGAUUGAUUUGACUCUCGACAGCUCGUCUGAAGAAGAUGAAGAUGAAGAACCCCCUCAGAAGAAAAGCUGCCCCUCGCUGUCCAGCAUCUCUCCUCAGAUGGAUAAUGGGGUGCUAAAUCUCCACAGACAAGCAUCUCCUUUAAGCCGAACUCCCAGCAUCCCUCAGGUGGACACCAAUUACAUUCCUCCACCUCCUCCCCUCAUUCAGGACUACCGCCACUACUACUCUACGCCCACAGACCUGUCAGAUCUCAACUUUUUCCCUUUUUUACAAGGGGAGAAUCAUCAGCACUACAACAUGGUGAUGGCAGCAGCUGCAUCUGCAUCGGAAGAUCAUGACCUCCUCCUGAGUCGUUUCCUCCCGUACGGCUCGUCUCAGCUCUUCCUGGACCCUCCCUCCACCCCUGUAAGCAGCAACCUCCCUCCCAUUAACGUCAACGGCAGCAGCACCGGCAGCAGCCUGGUGUCCUCCAGCAGCCUACGGGAAAGCCUCGGACACCCACCCGCCCCGCUUCCCAACUCCGAAUCGGCCCCCAUGUCUGCCAUCUACGGACCCGUCCCAGACGUCAUCUCGUUAGACUGACCCAGGACCGAACCCUCCCAAGGGAAACUGACUGAAGAGACUUCCAAACAUUGGGAAGAAAAAGGGACAUACAGGAUGACUGAAGGGUGUUUUUGUAAACGAUGAUAAUCGUUGCCGUGUACAGAGAACAAAUAUAUUUUUUGUUUUACUUUUGUAUAUACUUAUCUAUCUAGCUAUCUAAUGUAUAUGUAAACUUGAAAGAGUUUUCGCCCAACACGACUUGCUAAGUUACUUUGGGUUUUAGCUCCUUGGAAACUGACGCUAUUUUUCCCUUCACAGCUUCGGCUCAACCCCUUUAACAUAAUAUGAACACUUUUUAUAUCCUUUCCCCAUCAUAUUCUGUGAUCGUCUAUAUUUUAUCUGAUUCCACAGGGCACAAUGGCUGCGAUUGGACCGUCUACCGGACCCUUGGUUCUUUUCUCUUCCCAGCAAAACUUGACAUGUCUUUGCCAAUCACAUUUCCCCUAAACAUGCAGGAUUAUUUUAUAUAUGAUGCUUUUAAAGGGAUAGUUCACCCAAAAAUGACACUUCUGUCAUCACUCUCAUGUCAUCAAAUGAAGAUAUUUUCAGUGUUUUUUUUCUAUACAAUGAAAGUCAGUGGGCUCCAGUAUUGUUUUUGACCCCACUGAAACAUUCUUAAAAAUAUCUUUUGUGUUCCACUGAAGAAAGAAAGUCCUACAGGUUUUGAACGACAUGAGGGUGAGUAAAUGAUGACUGAAUCUUUACUUUUAGAUGAACUAUCCCUUUAAGUUGGUGGGCUGUUAAGAAGCAUUCCUUCUCCUUCAGGUUAACAACUGGAAGUAAAAGCAUUGUUACAGAUUGACAAUAUCUGACCUCAUAAUUCUUAUGUGAAAUGUAAUUCAUGACUGUUUUUAAAACAAUGUAAUUCUCUAACAGUUUUACAUCCAUAUUUUUUCUUGCUCGAUGCCAAAAGAACACUUUUUAGUGUUGAAGUUUUUAGAGUGAGAGCUUGUGAGUUCAGUGAACUUAAAUGUACACCUUGUGUAGAAAGUAAAGAUUUACUCUUUCUUUGUGGCUACCAUGCUUGAUUGUUCUCUCAUUCUUUCUUCCUUCCUUCCUUCCUUCCUUCCGUCCUUCGCUUUUUUCAGAAGGAAUGAUUUGUUGGGAGGUUCAGCAGUGGCAUAGAUGGUGAGGUAAUGGUGUCUUCGGUGUAGGCGUGUAUCCUUAACUUGCUCAUAGAUGUUUUUUUCGACAUUGCACAGUGACUGAGGUCUCUGUUCAGUUGUCUGUUAGGUCAUCUGUGCUUGGUGCUGUGUGGGAAGUCCUAAAGCCACUCAUUUCUUCUACUGUUUUGUCACGUGUGCCUUGUGUGAGUGUGUUUUGCAUGUGAAAGACUGGACCUGUUAUUUCUUGUACUUCACUUCGCCUGUAUUAAGCUGUUCCUCAUGACGCCCAUCAGAUUUGGAGCUCUUAUCCACAGACUUGGGAGUUUCUAAAUGGGAGUUUCUAAAAAAAAUAAUCCUACUGAGUAACCAAUGGAUGUCCUUUCAAGUGUUGCUUGACAUUAACAGAGGAAAAUAAUUGCAAAAGCUUUUUGUUCAAACAAUAUUUGAGAAAUAUUGUUUGACAAAAUAGUGUUCAAAAACAAAAUGUUGGAAAAAUAAGUUAAAUUAGAAAGAGUUCAGAUCUUUUUUUUUUUUUUUUUGUUAUACUUACAUCAAACAGGCUAAGGUGUGUGUGUGUGUGUGUGUGUGUGUGUGUGUGUGUGUGUGUGUGUUUGCUGGUGUGGCUCUCAGUGUUGUUGACCAGACCUCUUUUCAAAGCCUAAUUGGGUUUGGGACUGGGGUAAUUGCCUGUGACAGAAUCUAGCUAUCGCAUCUUGCAUUGUUUGAUAGACUGAUGAGUCUCACUCUGUUUCCUUUGCCCUCUAAACCUCCUUUUAACAUACAUUUCUUCUGAAAGUAUUAGAUGUUUAUCAGUCGAUUUGUCUCUUGACUCUUAAGAUCAGUUCGAAAUGUAAUUGGUUAGGUAAUUAACAAGAUAAAAAUGACAGCAACAAAAAUACAUAUGCUGUUAUUGCAAAAUCCUUGUUACCAAAUUGACUACUUGUUAGAUCUCUAGCAGUGUUAAUGACUUUAUAUUUUUAACAAGUAAAUCUAGACAGUUCUUGUCCUUUGUUUCAUUGUCUGUCUCACAUGACAUGUAUUUGACAAGGUUUGUUACCAAGGAUAUAGAAGAAAGGUUCAGUGACAAACAGAAUACGAGUUUUCAUUAAUUUGCUGAUUUUGGUUAUGACUGAUAAAGGGAUAAGUUGUGUGUGUGUUUGAAUGUGUGUGUGAAUGCGUGUGUGCAUGUUUUUGUUCUUGAUGUAGGGCAAACAUUGUGCAAAUUUGGAUGUUCCAGUGAUGUGCAUUUAUGUGUUAAAGUUGAAUCCUCAACUUCACAACAAACUAAUUUAUAUAUUUUAGAUGCAGAAUUGUGUUAUGAGUGGACUUGGUGUCAAAGUCCAGGUUUAUUUUAUUUUCCAUUUCAGUAAGCUGACAUCUAUGCUCACUGCCUUAAAUCUCAUCCACUCUGUGUCUAUGUGGCAUGUUUUAUGAAAAGAAAAAAGAAAAAAGAUUUUUAAAAUGUGGAAGACAUAUUGUACAGUAGACCAAUGUCAGUUUGUAUAAAGUACUAAGUGAAAAAAAAAAAAAUAUUUAUUACAUGCAUUGAAAGAAAUUGUUUACCUAUUGAAUGUUACAUGUUUAUGUAGAGACAUUUAGAUGUAAUAAAAUGCAUUGAGUUAA